GGGGGGAUUGAAAUUGAAUUUGUUGGCGUUGGCUGGCUUAAAAGGUAAGCAAAGGGGAGAUUUAAUUUUUAAAAGAUUGGGAGAUAGAUUCUUUAUUAACUACAAAUCUCAUCCAACAAGAGAAAAUCAAAAACUUCAAAUCCCAUUUUAAGUUUGGCAUGAUGAUCCAUAAAACGAUUCGAAAGUAACUUUGCUUAUAAAGAGUGAAUUUUUGGAUUUUGGAUGGGUGUUCUCAGCUGAUGCGGCUGAGAUGAAGUUGGAGUUACGUGGGGUUUUGGCCUAUCAGAGAAAACAUUUUCAGGCUCAAUCAAAGUUGUUGAUUGUCAUCCCUUAACUUUUUUUCUUUGAAAUGGUUGUCUCCUUGAUCAUGCUUCACAUGGAAAAUUAAGCCAAAUUAUUGAGUUUUCAGACCCUAAACUAUCAAUCAAAGUGAAACCAAAUUUUAAUUUUAGUCUAAACUCCAUUUAUUACCGAAGCCUUUGCACUUUGGAGUAUAGGGACAUCCUUUCUACCUUGUUUUUUCAAUGCCACACUUGAUUUAAAAACUGAAUUGAGUACUUAUGGUAAAAGUAUAUCAUUUCUUCCACCAAAAACAAAAAAGUAGUAAAUAUUUCCUCUUUAACCCCUUAAGCCUCUCCAAAGUCCCCACCUCUUCACUUCCAAGUCACCGUCAUUCAUAUUCAGAUGACUCUUCUCUUUCUUCUGCUCCUCCUCCUCCUUCUCCUUCUUCUUCUUCUUCAGCACUCUCAAAAUUCUCUUCUGCUCUUCCUUUCUUUUCUCAGAUCCUUCACUUCUGCAACAAAAUACAAAUACCCCAUCUUUUCACUUGUAUAAAGAUCACAUUUUUUCUCUCAUAGAACCAAAAAGAUCCUUCUUUUUUUCCUUGUGAGAUGGCUUCAACAGGAAACCCAAAUCAAAGCAUGCCAUUUGAUAUGCAGAAAUUCUUCAAACCCACAAUUUCAAACCCAUCAACAACACCUACAAACAACCCCCCACCACAAAAUCUCUCCUCUGCUUAUCCUACACCUCCUUCUUCUUAUCCUCCACCCUCUCCCCCUUUCUUUCACCCCCAGUAUCACGAAUUCUACAUGCCUCCUUCCUCUACUCCCCUUCCAAUUUUCCAAAACGCCCCACAAGAUGUUAAAUCCCUUUCCUUUCCUUCCCCUCCUCUUAGCCCCUACAAUGCUGGUAACCACAUUCUUGCCCUUAUCAAUUCCUCCCCCCAAAACCCAGAUUUCCCCCCUCAAAAUCAGCUUACUCAACGGCCGCAACCACCACCUGCAGAGUUUUUGGGCUCUGGGGGACCCAAUGUGGGGCCUUUAAGGGUGCCAAGUUGCAAAGUGCCCAAGGGCAGGCGGUUAUCAGGCACUCAUGUGGCUUAUGAUAUUGAUACGAGGCUGUCCGGGGAGGUUCAGCGGCAGCUUGAGGCCACCCCCAUAACAAAGUAUGGUUCUAACCCUCAGCUGGUACUGGGCAGGCAGAUUGCUGUUAAUAAGUCUUACAUUUGUUACGGCCUGAAAGGAGGCAGUAUCCGUGUUCUUAAUUUUAACACUGCAUUGAUGUCUUUGUUUCGCGGGCAAACCAAGAGGGUCACAGACAUGGCUUUCUUUGCUGAGGAUGUUCACCUUUUGGCUAGUGUGAACCUAGAGGGACGGAUAUUUGUAUGGAAGAUAUUCGAAGGUCCAGAUGAAAAAGAAACGCCACAGAUUACAGGAAAGAUAGUUACUGCUGUUCAGAUAUUAGGAAACGAGGAAUAUGUACAUCCACGUGUUUGUUGGCACCGGCACAAACAAGAAGUUUUGGUGGCUGGUAUUGGAAAACACAUUCUGAGAAUUGAUACUAUGAAAGUUGGGAAGAGUGAAGCCUAUUCAGCAGAUGCACCUUCACCUCUGCAAUGUCCUAUUGACAAGUUGAUUGAUGGGAUUCAGUUGAUUGGUAAACAUGAUGCAGAAGUUACUGAUGUGUCAAUGUGUCAAUGGAUGAUUACCCGCUUGGUUUCUGCUUCUACAGAUGGCACGAUAAAGAUAUGGGAUGACCGCAAGGUGGUGCCACUAACAGUUUUGAGACCACAUGAUGGCCAACCUGUUUUUUCAGCUACAUUCUUGAAUGCACCUCACCGACCAGAUCAUAUUAUACUCAUCACAGGGGGGCCCCUAAAUGAAGAAAUCAAAAUUUGGACAUCAGCAAGUGAAGAGGGUUGGCUACUUCCAAGCGAUACUGAAAAGUGGACUUGCAACCAGACAUUAGUCUUGAAGAGUUCUGCUGAACCUCAAAUUGAAGAAGCAUUCUUCAAUCAAGUUGUUGCAUUAUCUCAAGCAGGCCUUUUCUUACUUGCAAAUGCUAAGAGAAAUGCUAUAUAUGCUGUACACUUAGAAUAUGGUUCAUGUCCAGCAACAACAUGCAUGGAUUACAUAGCAGAAUUCACCGUCACUAUGCCCAUGUUAAGUUUUACCUGGGGAAGUGAUCUUCCAGAUGAACAUAUUGUUAAAAUAUAUUGUGUUCAGACACAGGCUAUCCAGCAGUAUGAUUUGGAGUUAUGCCAAUGCAUCCCACUACCACUGGAAAAUACGGGCUUAGAGAAGUCAGAUUCAAGUUUUUCACAUGAUGCAACAAACAUUGAAGGCUUUGAUGCUUUCGGUCCAUCUGUAAAUAAUCCUUCCGAGUUACCCUUUUAUGGUUCAUUUCCCAAACCAAGUACACAAGUAAGUAGCUCUGAAAAUUCAAAAACAGCAUGGUAUCCUUCAAGCCCACAUUCUAUCGAGGCAAGCACUGUACAAGAGUUUAAUACUUCGAAUAUUGAUUCUAUAUCUGCUCCUGCUGCUUUGGCAUCAACAGCAAGUGAUGCUGAUAUUGUUUGUGUUGCAUCGCCACCACCACAUCCUCCUAGUCCUAGGUUGUCUAGAAAGCCCUCUGGUUUUCAUAGUCUAGCAAAUAGCUUUGAGCCAACUUCCCAGCUUGGUGACCAUGUUAGGAACCAACUGGUUACGGAGUAUCCAGUUGACAGACAAAUGAACACUUUUCGAGCAAAUUUGUCUGCUAUGCAUUCAUCAGAAGAUGGUUUGAGGAAUGAUGAGAAGAAAAUAAUAUCAAAUGAGAAAUCUAGUGCAUGUAAUCCGCCUAUUAUUUUCAAGCAUCCAACUCAUCUUGUGACUCCUUCUGAGAUAUUGAUGUCUGCAUCAUCUUCUGAAACUACUAAUGUCAUUGAGGGAAAGAGUGAGGGCGGGGUGAACAUUCAAGAUGCGGUUAUCAACAAUGAUAUGCAUAAUGCUAAAGUGGAGGUAAAAGUGAUGGGUGAAGCAAGAUCUUCUCAGAACAAUGAAUUUGGUUCCCAUGGAGGCUACCAAAAUCAAAAUUUUGAAAAUAGAGAGAGAUUCUUUUGUUCUCAGGCUUCAGAUCUUGGCAUUCAGAUGGCAAGGGAGUGUUGUGCAAUAUCUAGGGAUGCUUACAUUGUUGACAAAUCUCAGCUAUCAGAUGGUGUUGGUGCAUCAGGUUCUCUUGUGCAACCUAAUGUUGGUGAGGAAAAAAUCCAUGAUUCCAGAAAAGAUCUGUCUGAAAAGCUUUUGGAAUCAGCCAUACCUUCUUCAUAUAUGCAAUCACCAGCAUCAGCAACAAAAGGCAAGAAGCAUAAGGGGAAAAGUUCUCAAGCAUCUGCUCACUCUUCUCCAUCUUCAAGUGCUUUCAAUUCUGCUGAUUCUUACACCGAACGGGGAGGCAAGAUACCCUUGACAGGUGCUGCAUUUCCUCAAAUUGUGGCUAUGCAAGAGAUGCUUAAUCAGCUAAUUGCCACACAAAAGGGAAUGCAGAAACAAAUGUCAAAUAUUGUCAAUGUCCCUGUCACAAAAGAAGGCAAAAGACUAGAGGCAGCUCUAGGACGGAGCAUUGACAAAGCCAUUAAGGCCAACACUGAUGCUCUAUGGGCUCGAUUUCAAGAAGAGAAUACAAAAAAUGAGAAAUUGGUGCAAAAAUGUACUCAUCAAAUAAUGAGUUUGAUCUCUAAUUUUGUAAACAAGGACUUGGCGGUUAUGUUAGACAAAGCAGUCAAGAAAGAAUUAGCUGGGGUUGGACCAGCUGUGAUUCGUACUAUUACUCCUGCAAUAGAGAAAACAGUAACUUCAGUAAUCACUGAGUCCUUCCAGAGAGGGAUUGGAGAUAAGGCAGUGAAUCAACUAGAAAAAUCAGUUAAUUCAAAACUUGAAGCUAUAGUUGCCAGGCAAAUUCAAGCACAGUUUCAAACUCAAGGCAGGCAAGCACUCCAGGAAGUUCUGAGGACAAGUGUGGAAGCUUUAAUGAUCCCUGCCUUUGAGAUGUCAUGCAAAGCCAUGUUUGAGCAAGUAGAUGCUACAUUUCAGAAAGGGAUGGUUGAACAUACCAGUGCUGCUCAGCAACACUUAGUGUCUGCUAGUUCUUCUUUGGCAAUUGCUUUAAGGGAUGCCAUAAAUUCUGCAUCAUCCAUUGCUCAAACCUUAAGUGGAGAAUUUGCUGAUGGACAAAGAAAACUUCUAGCAAUUGCAGCUGCUGGAGCUAACUCAAAUGCAGUGAGUCCGAUGGCUUCCCAACUUAGCAAUGGACCUUUAGGUGCCAUCCAUGAAAAGGUUGAGGUGCCCAUGGAUCCAAAAAAGGAGCUAUCAAAGUUGUUAUCAGAAUGCAAAUAUGAUGAAGCUUUCACUAUUGCCCUGCAAAGAAGUGACCUCUCUAUCGUUGCCUGGUUAUGUUCACAGGUUGAUCCACGAAGCAUUCUGUCAACCGCCACUUUUCCUUUGAGCCAAGGGGUGCUGCUUUCCCUCUUGCAGCAAUUGGCGUGUGACAUCAACAAGGACACACCACGAAAGCUCACAUGGAUGGUAGAUGUGGCCACCGCUAUAAACCCAGGGGACCAAAUGAUUGCAGUGCAUGUGAGGCCUAUUUUUCAGGAUGUAUAUAAGAGAGUUCAUGACCUGAGUAGCUCAGCUCUGCUUGCGGGUGCUGAACAUGCAAGUAUCCGUGCUCUAUUUUGUGUCAUCAACUAUGUUCUAAUGACUUGUAAAUGAUGAACACGAGGAUUUUGGUGUUCUAAUGACUUGUAAAUGAUGAACAAGAGGAUUUUGGUAGUCACAAGAUUGUACAAGUUUCUGGUUGUUUUCAUGUAAGGAGGGAAGGGCCCUCUGCUUUUGGGGUACAGGAAAAUUGGGUCCUGAUUUCGUAAUCCAUAGAGAAUUUGGAGUAUAAGAAAGAAUUCAACACUAUUUCAGAUUUAUUAUCUUUUUUAUAUUC